AGUUCCAUUUCCGUCAAUCAAGAGGAACCUGAUUAUUCCGUCCUACGCAAACAGCCAUUCGUGGAAAGAAAGGGCCAGCCCUGCCUUGUUCUGCCUACAUUUUGUACUGGCCUUAUUUUUUUCCUCCCUUCUUAAGCAAUGCAGAAUGAGUGAUCAAAAGGAGGAAAGUAUGGCCACCCUAACUGAAGGAGGGAAACCUGGUGAAUAUUUGCAACUCAAAACAUCAGGCUCACAGGACACCCAGCCGUCUCCUCUCGCCCUCCUCGCAGCCACUUGCAGCAAGAUCGGUUCUCCGGGCUCGGCUGAUGGUGCGGCUGGCUCCAACGCCCUGCAAAGCGGACAGCUACUGAUCGACCAGAGCCCAGGAGCGGUGCAGCAGCAGCAGCUGGAGGUUGUGACCGCCCAGCUCAGUGGGAACGGGUGGCAGAUCAUCGCCGCCGGCCCCGCGACGACGAAAGAGAGCGUUGCACAACACCAAGGGACGUCUGCCAGCAGUAGCUGCAGCAACACAACCCCCGCGUCCCCUACCACCAGCAACGGGAACGUUGCAAGUGUUCAAGAUGGCACGGGUUCGCCCGUCAAAGCCCGACCAAUCGUGUCAGCAGCGGGACAGUACAACGUGGUGCCAGUGCAGUCGCUACCAAAUCCUACCAUGGUGGUCAACGCAGCAGCCACUGCUGGCGGCUCUUCCAACAGCGUGCAGUACCAAGUCAUUCCGCAGUUGCAGACAGUGGACGGGCAGCAGAUCCAGAUCAGCUCGGCCAAUCUGCAGCAGGAUCUGCACGGGCAGAUCCAGAUCCUGACCGCCGGCCACGGUCAGGCGGCCCUCAUCGGCCCGCUGACCAGGACGACAUCUGCGAGCACGACCACGCCGAACGCCGCCGCGCCUUCUCAGUCGCCCGCCAGCGUCCCUAUCCAGAUUCGACCCGGCCUCUCCAUCCCGCUGCAGCUGCAAGGCGUUAACAUUUCCGGGGCUCAGACCCAGAUGGUCGCCACUUUGCCAAUCAACAUAGGAGCCGGUGUGACCCUGGCCGUGCCUAUAAACAGCCUGUCGGCGGCCACUGGAGGUGGAUCCAUCCAGUUCGUCCAGCCUCCAGACGGCGGGGUCUCGAAUGGGAAUCAAAUGGUUUCCACGCCCAUUUCCACCACCUCUUUGAGCAGCAUGCCCGAAUCUCCUUCGUCGUCUCCUCCUCCUCCUCACUCCUCCUCCUCAAUAUCGACCAGUGUUACCACCGCCUCUCCAUCAUUGUCUUGUGUGACUUCGCUGGCAAAUUCCAACGAGACAGUCCAGGCUCUGUUCCGCACUGGCUCGGAGAACACAGAAGAUGAACCAUCCUCGGCCGUGGCCGGCUCUGAGGGCGAAGGUGCAAACCUCUCUCAGCCCAAUGGGUUGCAGGAUUUGCCGGAACACGGUCAGCUUCAAGUGCAGUUGGCCUCUGGACAGCAGGUACCACUUCAGCAACAGCAGUCGUCUCAGAUUCAGCAGCAGAUCAUUCAGACAAUCCCACACCAUGCUCUUCAGACCAUCCAAAGUGCUGCAGUCCCAGGUCAAACUCUUCAAAAUGUCCAGCAACAGGCCUUGCAAAAUGCUCAGCUAUCAACAAUGCAGAAUCCAACUCAGGUGAUCAUCAGGGCACCAAGUUUGACACCAUCUGGGCAAAUAAAUUGGCAGACCAUUCAAGUGCAAAACAUCCAGAACCUUUCAAGUGUACAGAUUCAAAAUGCUCAGCAACUGACCGUGACUCCUGUGUCUUCAAGUAGUUCAGGUGGAACUGCUGUUGCCCAGAUUACCCCUGUAACUGUUACCGGCAACACCAUUAAUUUAAGUGCUGCCCAACUUGCGUCUGUCCCUAACCUCCAGACAGUGAACAUCGGGAGUUUGAGUUCGGGUGGAGUGCAGGUGCAAGGAAUACCGGUGGCAAUCACCAAUCUGGCAGGUCAACAGCAGACCCAGGAUGGUGGAGAUACAAAAUGGCAUCUAAAAGUACAGCCUACAGCUGUAACUCCAGUCACAGUGGCAGUCGGUGGUCUUUCCAGUGCUGCAUUGGGCACUGUUAGCCCUAACAACCUCGCUCAAGUACAGCUCCAGUCAUCUAGUGAGCAAGAUGUUCAACCCGGAAAAAGAUUGAGAAGAGUUGCCUGUUCAUGUCCUAACUGCAGAGAUGGUGAAGGGAGGUCCUCUACUGAGCCAGGGAAGAAGAAACAGCACAUCUGCCACAUGGAAGGCUGUGGAAAAGUUUAUGGUAAAACAUCCCAUCUACGGGCACACCUUCGCUGGCACACCGGUGAAAGACCAUUUGUGUGUAAUUGGCUCUUCUGUGGAAAGCGUUUUACACGAAGCGAUGAAUUACAGAGGCAUAGAAGGACUCACACAGGUGAAAAGAAGUUUUCCUGCCCAGAGUGUUCAAAGCGGUUUAUGCGCAGUGAUCAUCUUUCAAAACAUGUCAAAACCCAUCAGAACAAGAAAGGUGCUACUGUUGUUCAAACUGUUGGGAAUAUCUCGCCGGACAUGGAGCCAUCUGUGGCAGAGGUUCUUGUCUCUCCCAGAAUAGUCGCCAUUACCACUACUUCCCAGGAUUCCAGUCCAGCAAUGUCAGCUGUGGGAAAUAGCAUAGAUGAAUAUUGAUAAUAUAACGUGCAGCGGUCCAGGCUCCAUACUUAUCAGUUUAUUUCAAAUUAGAACCCAUUUUAAAAACUUACAAAGUUCUUUAUCGAUAUUAAAACGCAACUUUUAAUUUGACGUUGGUUACUUGUAAUGAAGGUUUAAAUUUGUCAUUUUAACUGGACAAAGGAGUCACAUGCAAAGUAGCUGUUCAGAUCAUUGACUAUUCAGAUUUAAAAGACGUGCAGCAGCUUACCAAUGUUUUCCUAAAAUGCUACAAGAAUUUAUUCUUCUUGUAAACUUGUUUGGUAUGAUUCAAAUAUAAAACUUUCCUGUGGCACUAUUUUUUAAAAAGAGUUUAAUUGUUUGAUCUUAAUCUGCGGACUUAUUAAUUUAUAGAGAACUUUUUUUUUACAAAACUUCUUUGUAAUUUUUGCUUUCCAUCGACAUCUUGGGAAAGUGGUAUCUGAUGGUAAUCAUGUUGAUUAUUCCAAGAUAUUACUGUUUUUUUUUCCAUAACAUUGUUUUCUGAUCUCUGUGUGGAUGACAAUUGAAAUUUAGAAUAUGACAUCAUACUGUUUUUUUCUUUAACAAGUCCCCAAUAUUUUUUAAAUGCUUUUUGAAAAAAGCAUGUCCAAAGACAUAGAUAAGCUGCUGCAAUGAUGUAGAGUCAUUUAUCAAUGCUAUUGAUUCAACCUUACUGGAAGAAGGUUGAUUUUAUUCCAGGUUUUAUUUGUACAUGGGAUAUAUCAUUGAUACUUAAUUGUGAUCAUUUUCUUCCAAAUCUGCAGCUUUGUUUAGUUAUUGGAAUAACUUUCUAAGAUCUAAAGUGUUGGAGGAUAUUCAUCAAGAAGAAAUUUUAGAUUGAAAAUGGCAGAUGCAACUCCUGUCUGUCUGAAGACAAAAUUUUGCUCUUAUAUUUCUUGUCAAACAUUUGCUUUACAAAUUUUGCAAUUAAAGUUGUGCAUGUAAUUUUUUGUAUUCCUGUUAAGAUUCUUUUUCAUUUAACUAUAAUGUUUAAGGAGAAACUCGUUGAUUUGUUAAAAUACUUUCAUGGACCAGGUAAUAUUACUAACCUUGCAAAAGGGGUUUAAACAUUCAACUUCCAUUCAUGUAUUCAGCCUUUUUUAUAUUUGCUUCUGUCUCACUGCAUUUUUUUUGUUUUGGUGCUUGGUUCUGGUUUUGAAUUAUUUAGUAUAUGCUUUACAUAUAUUUAAACUAUCUUUUGAUAAGGCCUGCUUGUAGAAAGAGGCUAGGCACUAAUUCGAUCUAGUGUCCCAGUAAACCUCAAAGGCUGAAUCAGUGCCCAUUUCUUUUUGUAUAAAUAUGUUUAUAUCACCGACUAACUUGUGUACUUUGUUGGUCUUAAUUUCAUAUAGCUGCACGGAAGAAUUAUGAUAUGUAUAGUUCUAUAAAUGGUAAGUGUUGCCAUUAGUAAUACUUGCAUUUUUCUCCAGUGAGUUAGUGUCUGUCGCAAGUGGACAUGGCUGUAGAAAAUUACAGUUGAUUUAUUAUUUAUCACAAGUACUUUUAUACUUUUUUAUGCAAGGCCAGGAAUAAAGUUCAUAUAAUUGUAGGUGCAAGUAAACUUGUCUUCUUGGAAAGCAGUGAAAUCUAAAUUUAUAUAGAUUUGCAUCAUUAAAGUCAUUUAGCUACCUUAUUGUGAUUACACAGGUUGUUUCUGGCCUUGCAUGGUACUUUUGUUUUAAUGUAUGUCUGCUUCCAUUUGUGAUUAUAAUCAUGCAUGUAAUGAUUAAAAAUGAUUAACUGCCCAUAGAACUUAAUUCUAAGUAACUUUCAGACGUUUAAGAAUUAAAGAAUACACAAUUAAUAUGUGUAAAAAAAAAUUAAAAGGGAAUAUUAUUGGUGGUGUUUGGGGAGGGAAAGAAAUUUUGAUUUUGAAUAUCAGACUUUCUACAACAAGAUUAUUAACCUGAAUAUUUUGUUACAAUAAUUCACUUGUAAAUCUUUUUUUUAAAUGUGUUUUCUUGGCAUCAUAAACUUUUAAUAAUGGAUUCUGCCAGUAUGGCCUUAAAGGCAUGAUUUGUUCACAUUUUUAUAAAGCAUAUUUGUAUAAAAGAAUACAUUUUCUGGGGGGAAAAUGUUUUUUUUUCACCUGCAGCAGAAAACUGAAGUUGUCCAUUAAAAUAUCGUUA